CGCUUCAUAAACACAAAGCGAAGCACCGUUUACCAAAACAUCUCGGAUUAGGCCCAAUUGAUGUUAUUAAGGUAUUAUUUACUGCUUGCAAGUUGUACUUAAGUCGAUAUGUCGGCUUCCACAACUGGAAAAGCUCUGCUAGCAGGGUUGAAAGAACGCAAAGACAGCGAAUCAAAUGGUGAUGAUCGGAAACGACAAGGAUCGCCGGUUGUAGUAGAAGACAAUGAAGCUGCUGACAGAAGAACCAGUAGAAGAAAACGACCAAAGAUUGAAUACAAGGAAAUGGAGGAUGCACAAGGUCAAGGGUCAGAGGAAGAUGAAGGUUCAGAGGAGGAGAAGAAGGAAGUGAAGGAGAAGGAAAGAGUGGAGGAGAAGAAACUGAUCCCAAAGGAAGAACCCGAACCAAUUGUGGAUGACAGUGACCAUGCUGAUGACCCCACAGGUUUAGAGGGUGCAGCAUUCCAGAGUCGUCUCCCCUUUGACAAGAUGACCUCCCAGGAGGCCGCUUGUUUCCCAGACAUUCUACAGGGACCUCCUCAGGCUCAGAAGGUGUUCCUCUACAUCAGAAACAGGCUGCUUCAACUCUGGCUUGACAACCCCAAACAGCAGCUGACAUUCGAAGGAGCCCUGCCACAGAUUGAAGCCCCAUACAACAGUGACGGUCCUCUAGUGAUGAGAGUACACUCCUUCCUUGAGAGAUAUGGACUUAUCAACUUUGGCGUAUUCAAAAGACUGAAGCCAUUACCAGCCAAGAAGCAUGGUCGAGUGGUGGUGAUCGGGGCCGGCAUAGCAGGGCUGGGAGCAGCCAGACAACUCCUGUCUUUUGGGAUGGAUGUUGUCAUUAUUGAAGCAAGGGAUCGAGUUGGAGGGAGAGUAGCAACAUUCAGGAAGAACAACUAUGUUGCCGACCUUGGAGCUAUGGUGGUCACAGGGCUUGGGGGAAACCCAGUGACAGUGCUGAGUCGGCAGAUUAACAUGGAGCUGCACAAGAUCAAACAGAAGUGUCCACUGUAUGAGAGUAAUGGCUGCACGGUUCCCAAAGAGAAAGAUGAGAUGGUGGAGAGGGAAUUCAACCUGUUGGAGGCGACGUCCUAUCUCUCACAUCAGAUGGACUUCAAUAUGGUUGAGGGGAAGCCUGCCUCUCUUGGACAGGCACUGGAGGCUGUUAUAAAGCUGCAGGAGAAGCACGUGAAGGAGAAGCAGUGCGAGCACCAGAGACAUAUCAUCGAGAUGCAGGACAAGCUCAAGAAGAACCAGACCCAGAUGUUGACUCUAAGGGACAAGAUUGAGGAACUCCACAAGCAGUGGAAAGAAGCAUCAGAAGUGAAGCCACCGAGAGACAUCACUGCUGAGUUCCUCAUUAAGAGCAAACUCCGAGAUCUCAACGCAGCCUGUAAGGAAUUUGAACUAUUUCAAGCACAGCAGAAAGAAAUUGAAGAAAAAUUGAAUGAACUUGAGUCUAAUCCACCAAGCGAUGUGUACCUGUCAUCUCGAGACCGCCAGAUUCUGGACUGGCAUUUUGCUAAUCUAGAAUUUGCCAAUGCAACGCCUCUCACAACUUUAUCACUAAAACACUGGGAUCAGGACGAUGACUUUGAAUUCUCUGGAAGCCAUUUAACAGUACGGAAUGGUUACUCGUGUGUACCUGUAGCUCUGGCUGAACACCUCGACAUCAAGCUCAACACUUCAGUCCGACAAAUUCGCUACACAACACAGGGUGUGGAGGUGACAACAGGCAACUCCCGGAUGAACAUCAACCCACAGACAUUCAAGGCAGAUGCAGUGCUGUCCACGCUGCCGCUUGGGGUGUUGAAGGAGAGCAUGAGGAACAGCGGCAUCAACAGCCCACAGUUCCUGCCUCCGCUGCCUGACUGGAAGGCUGCAGCCAUCAAGAGACUGGGAUUUGGUAACCUCAACAAGGUUGUGCUGUGUUUUGACCGAGUGUUUUGGGACCCUAAUGCCAACCUGUUUGGACACGUGGGCAGUACAACAGCUAGUCGUGGUGAGCUCUUCCUGUUCUGGAACCUGUACAAGGCGCCGGUAUUACUGGCGCUGGUGGCUGGGGAGGCGGCUGCUAUCAUGGAGAACGUCAGCGAUGAUGUCAUCGUGGGUCGGUGCAUCGCAGUCCUGAAGGGUAUCUUUGGCAAUAACGCUGUACCCCAGCCGAAGGAGACACUAGUGACCAGAUGGCGAGCUGACCCUUGGUCCCGAGGCUCGUACUCCUAUGUUGCAGCAGGAUCAUCAGGCAAUGACUAUGAUCUACUCGCCACCCCGGUGUCUCCACAACAAGGAAGUCUACCUCGUCUGUUCUUCGCUGGGGAACACACAAUCAGAAACUACCCUGCGACAGUGCACGGAGCUCUGUUGAGUGGACUGAGAGAGGCUGGGCGGAUAGCAGACCAGUUUCUCGGAGCUCCUUACGCCCUCCCAACACGGCCCCCUGCAGCGCCACCUAUCACUACUUCAUAAAAUCACAAACUACCACCACUGUUAUGUUCAUGUGAAGACACUCCAUGUCUGCCAGCACUCAAGAGUAAACCUUGGUACUGCCAUGUUCAGUGGAAUUUGUAUGGCGCCUUGGUGCUCGUCUCAAUGACAUUGUCAGUGCUACUUGGGGAUUUAAAGUGCAUCCACUUGGAUGGAAGAUGGUUGAUAGAUCAUCCCUUGUGUACAGGAACUCGGAAUGCAAAAUAUCCAAUCUUGAAUAUAGCAAUGUUGAUUGGAUCAUUCAUUUCUCAUACAUAAAUUCACAUACAUCUGACCUUCGUUUUCCACACAUUUUAACUCAGCUUUUCUUCAUGGAACUACAGAUUUCCAUAAUUUAAAUUUUGGGUUUCAAUAACUUUGAGUGAUCUCCAUGCACAGUUACAUGUGGAUCUGUCAGCCUCUCUACAAUCUGAAACCUGGUCUCAUCACCUUGUUGUGUCAUGUUCACGUUGUAGCAGAGAAGCCAGUAAAAAGAGAUUCAGAUGUUGUAUGGGAGACUCUAGCUGGAAAGACCAAGUUCCCAUCAGUUGUCAGCGAGAGUGAGACACUAGCCUAAUGGCUACUGUUAGAUAUCAAGGCUCCACAGGACUACCAAGGCUAUAGUAACAAGUGCUAACAUAUGGUUGGGUAUCUAAACCUGUCUUGGAGCAAGUUUCAACAGCAGUUACCCAAGAUUAAUAGUUGAAACCGACUCGGUAUCAAACAAUUAAAACAUUGAAAAGCAUUUUCAGCUUAUAAAAACUAUACGGCUUUAAACGUUUCAGUUGUUUUUGCUCUACAGCUGAAAUAAUAGGCUUGAUGCUGGUGUUUUAGUGAAUUGGAGACCUAAAGAUGUAGUCCCGGCCUAAUAUGUACAUAUCUAGCAAAUUGAGGGUUUGUGUUCUGUUUACCUUAAGCUGUACAUAACGCUGUGUGAAUGUAGGAAUGAUUCAGAAGUACUUACAUGCUCAUAAUUCACUUUCUCGUUUAUAUAUCCCACUGAAAAAUGUCAGGUCAAUAUUCUGCACAACGAUGGCAGCUAACAAUGGACAUAUUCCAUGCUCUGUGGUCUAUUGUCUGUUUGUAUUCCUGCAUCUGUCACUCACUGAUCUCAGAUUUGAAUACUGCUCAGCAGAUGUUGAUUGGAGGAUAGUUGUUGUAGACCGUACAUUCAUUUUGUGUCAAAUGAAAGAAUUUGUCAUCUCCAUCGUCAUCAUCACGAUCACCACCAUGAGCAAUAAGCAAUAUUCAUUCAAUCAUAUUUUGGUACAGUAAUAGAAAUCUAAAUAUAUGUCAAGUUAAGGGUCUAUAUUUUAAGUAGAUUUUCAUGAUAAUGUAUCCAUUUUCAUAGCAUGUAGGCCAAAAGCAAUGUCAGCUGAUUCAGGCUUUUGGACUGAAGUCGAGGCUGUUGAUGCUCUUCUGGUGUUAAAUACCUUGAAACUAUCAGAAACUAAUGUAUGAGGUGGGAAGACGAGUUGGAAUGAUGCUGUUUACUCUGUCUGAUAUGUGUUCCAUCCACAUGUCAGUGGUGAAUAUUAGUCAGUUUUCUGAUCAUCCAUUUCAUUGGCAACAUCACUUAGAGAAUUUGUGACUAAAGUGUAAAUAGGAACACUUGUUUAAAAAUCCACGUUCCCAGCUGUUUUUGGUGAAAUGUGGAUUUAUCACUUCUAUGAAGAAUAUGUUGUUAAUUACAAGUGCUGAAUUUUCAAAUAGGACCUGUUUCCUAAACGACGUUAAGUAUUAUGUUAAGUUAUUCUUUAUUUUUGUAUCAAUCUUUGUCUUACGUGUGAAGUAGAUGUAGAAAAUAAAACUGUACAGUUUAAGUAA